AUGAGUUCAAGUUUAAGCGGAGGAACCAAUGCAUUGAAUUUCAACGUGGUCAAAUCUUCAUCCACAUUAACUUCACUUACUUCUUCUUCUCCUUCUUCAACAUUAACAAUCUCCGAAGCUAGCAACGUCUCCCAAAGCGCAAUCCGAACCAAAAGACCCCGAACCAACCGGAAGAGACCGAACCAAACAUUCAACGAAGCCGCAGCGCUACUCUCCAAAGCGUAUCCGAACCUCUUUCCAAACCUAGAAAAAUUACCACCACCGUGCAAAUUUACCAAACCAAUAACGGAAUUCAAUAACAACGAUUCUUUUGAACCCUUGUUAUUGCCGUUCGAUUUAAGAGCACGUGACUAUGAUGCAACCGCUUUUUUACUUCGAGAAAAUAAAAGCACUUCUCAAACGAGCGUUCGAGAGAAGAUUUUUUCAGGGGAGAGAAGCUUAAGCUCUGGAGCGGUGAAUUUGGAUGAAGUGGAACGUGAUUCUGGAGAGGAUUUCGAUUGUCAAUCGAUAUUGGAAGAAGAAAUUGAUGAAGGGAUUGAUAGUAUCAUCGGGAGUAGGAUUGAGGACGCCGGGAAUAGCGGCGGAAACGACGGAGGAAGAGUAGAUUUUAGUUACGGCGGCGGAUUCAGAAGUUUUGGCGGGAAAUUCAGUUGGAAGAAGGCUCUUCGCCAUGUCGACGGUGUGAACUUGUUGAAUUUUGCAAUGAUUGAUGUCCUUGAAAUCUCGCCGGGAAUGAAGAAGAUGCCGGCGUCGACGGCGACUAUUGUUCCGGUGACUGAGAAAAAGAAGCAGAGGAAGAAAGAAAACUUGAAACGGAAUGCUUCGAGUUUUGCUCUGCCUCUGCGAUUGAAACUUAAUUACGCCGAUGUUCGGAAUUCGUGGUCGGAACGGGGUUUGCCGUUUCGCCGGUGA